AUGAUCUUGAUCCCGGCCGGGCUGGUCCCCUACCGCGUUUGCAACCGAACAUUUCCUCCGGACCGGAUGCAGCUGCAGGAGCACAAACACAUCUGCAUGAGGACCAACGCCAAGAAGCGACGAGUGUACAACAGCGCCAAGCACCGCGUACCCACUGACAGGAGCAGUUUUGGCGCUCGAUUCGUGCGCUACCUAGUGACGGGUGUUAUGCAAGACAAAUUUACAGAACGCGAACACGCUCAACACGCACAGUCGAAGUGCAUGGCAAAUUUUUACAGGCUAAAAGCUGGCAUUUGUAAUGGGUGCUGAAUGGGUUAUAGCUGAACUUGGGCUCGGAAUUUGUUGGCGG